UAUGAAGAAUAUUUUCACGUCUAUGGUUGAACGCGGCCAACUGUUUCCUUAGCUACCAUCCCUCCUUCACUGCUGAAUAGAAUUCAAAUUGGUUGAAACUUAACGUCUUUCUGCUCGCUACCUGUGUCCUGUGCUCAUCAACAGUUCAGUGGGAAUUCUUGAUCCUUGUAUAUAUUCUUGCGCUGAUAGAAUUUCUUCAAAGUAUGUUCUAAGUUGUAAAAUUCCGAAAAAUUGUAUUAAAAAUGUGUGACGAUACCGUUUGCGUUGCUCUGCGCAUCCGUCCAUUAGUGGAAAGUGAAAUUGAGAAGGGAUGUCAAAUGUGCUUGGAUGUUGUUCCUGGAGAACCACAAAUUCAUAUAUGUAAUACUGAUAAGGCAUUUACAUAUAAUUAUGUUUUUCCUCCUGAUGUUGCACAAGAAGAUUUUUAUAAUAUAGCUGUUAAACGAUUGAUAGAUAAUACUUUUCAAGGCUAUAAUGUAACAAUAUUGGCAUAUGGACAAACAGGAAGUGGUAAAACUUAUUCUAUGGGUACUAACUAUGUAGGAACGGGAGAAAAGGGUAUAAUACCAAGAGUUACUCAUGACAUAUUUGAAAGAAUCAAAUCAAAGGAAGAUUGGAGUUUUAAAGUAGCUGUGUCGUUCAUGGAAUUAUAUCAAGAACAAGUGUAUGAUUUGUUAUCUGAUAAGCAGAGAAGCCAAUCUAUUGUAGAUAUUAGGGAAGAUGGAAAAAGUAUAAAAAUUGUUGGCAUUACUGAAAAAGAAGUUAUAAAUGCUGAAGAGACACUAAAAUGUUUGACUCAGGGUGCUAUGGGUCGUGUAACUGGCGCAACUGCUAUGAAUGCACAUAGCAGUCGCAGUCAUGCAAUAUUUACAAUAUGCAUACAUCAACAAAAGAAAAAUGAUCCAAAUACUGCGACAGUUUCAAAAUUUCAUCUAGUCGAUUUAGCGGGCUCAGAACGUAGUAAAAAGACUCAAGCCACAGGAGAACGGUUUAAGGAAGGUGUCAAUAUAAACAAGGGAUUGUUAGCUUUGGGCAAUGUAAUUUCCCAACUCGGUGAUGGUGCUCCUGGAACAUACAUUGGAUAUAGAGACAGUAAACUAACAAGAUUAUUACAGGAUUCUCUAGGUGGUAAUUCCAUGACUCUUAUGAUUGCCUGUGUCAGUCCUGCUGAUUAUAACUUGGAUGAAACUCUUAGCACAUUGAGAUAUGCGGACCGCGCACGUAAGAUAAAAAAUAAACCGAUCGUAAAUCAAGAUUCGAAGGUAGCUGAGAUAAAUCGAUUGAACAAAAUAAUUCAGGAAUUGCGACUAGCUCUUAUAAAUCAAGAACUUGGCAUAACGUGUCCUAAGGAACAUGAAGAACUCGAAGAAAAAUAUAGUAUAUUACAACAAAAAUUUAGAGAUAUGACAGAGAAAUUAAAUUUGAAUUUAGUAGAAAUCGUUGUCAUGCACGAACGAGCGGAAAUGGCUGAACAAGCCCGAGAAAAGAUUAGAUCCUCCAUGGCAACAUUAUUGGAUGAAUUUAAUCAAAUUUUACAAGAUCUUAAUGACUGUCCUGAAAUUAGCAAUGAAAAAUAUAAUAUAUUAAAGGCAAUGUAUGAAAAAAUGUUAGAUAUCCAAAAUGAUGAAAGAAAAGCAUCUGAAGAACUUAUUAAUCAUGAAAUAUCUAAUUCUAAAAACUAUGUAAUGCAUAUAGAAGAAAAUACAAAACGUACAGAGCAGAUAGAAGAGUUGAAUAAUAUUGAAGAUAGUUUAGAUUAUUUUGAUAAAAAAGAAGAAGAACAUACGUUGCGGCAAGCGGAACGAAAUAACGAAGUCCAAAAUAUUAAUAAAGAGCUAGCGCUUAAAGAAAGUCUUGUAUCUGAACUUUUAAAGAAUGCUACACAACAAGCAGCAGAGAGCCGAAAGAAUAUUAUAGAAAUGGAACAAGAACUUAAACGAUUACAUACAGAAAAAGAGGAACAGUUACAAGCGGUACAUGCGCACAAUAUCAGUUCCAAAUUAGCUGAAACACGUCGUAAAAAAGUGCAAGAAUUAGAAAAAAAAAUAACAGAAUUAACGCGUAAAUGUAUAGAACAAAACAAAAUAAUUAAGAUAAAGGAGAAACAGGAUCAAAGAGUCAAAACUCUUUCCAACGAAAUACAAUCGCUAAAAGAAACUCGAGUUAAGCUUAUCAGGCAAAUGCGUAUUGAUGCGAAUAAUUUUACAAAGUGGAAGCAAUCUAAAGAAAAGGAAAUUAAUAGACUGAAAGCUCAAGAUCGUAAGCGUGCUUGUGAAAUAGUACGCAUGAAAACGCAACAUAAUAAACAGGAGAAUGUCUUCAAAAGAAAAAUGGAAGAAGCUUUUGCAGUUAACAAAAGAUUAAAGGGUGCAUUGGAGAUGCAUAAAAAAGCGAUGCAGCGACAAGAAAAAAAGGCCAACAGCAAAGAUGAGAUAAAAACAUUGAUGGCACAGGAAUUUGAAGUGUUAAUGGCCACCAUAGAAGCGGAUUGCUCUCUUAAGAGACUUAUGCAAGAUAGAGCUUCCUUGGUGCAUCAAUUGGAGCAAUUGAAAAAAAAUGGCGAUGCAAACGAAGAAGAACUUGCGACUGUCGCCGAAUUCAUAGAGCUACGUAACGCGCAAAUUGCAGAUCUGCAACAAAAAAUUCUCGAGUCAGAUCAAGAAACUAGAGAAAAUACCAGAUGGAAUAUGAUACAUACAAUAGCGGAUGCUAAGGUGGCAUUUAAAACAUUAUUUCAUAUAAUGGCACAAGACAAAAAGCAACAAUGUUACAAAAAUAUUGAAUUCAAAGAGAAAUAUCAAAAUUUGGAAACAGAAUUAGAAAAAUAUAAGGAACUGGAAAAAGAGAGCAAAAUUAUAUCUUCACAAAGUACAUCUGAUGCAUCUUUCAAUGAUAUCGGUUCGGAUGAAGGUUCAACGAAACAGGUUUUGACAGAAAAUAAUUUUAGCAAUGAGAACAAAAGAUCAUGGUCUAAAAAAAAAAGAACAACAGAAAUCGAAAUAGAAAUUGAUGAUAGUUUAAUGAUAGAAGAUGAUGUUAAUAAAGAUCCCGAUUGGAAGAGUACGCCGCUUUAUAAUCGCAUACAAAAGUUACAGAACAAAUCCAAGCUUUCAGUUCAACGAUUGACUUUUAAAAUAGAGCCCAAUGAAAUAAAAUGUGCAUGUAAAACAAAAUGCUCUACACGCGUAUGUUCGUGUCGCAAAAACAGCGUUACUUGCAACAAUUGCAAUUGUAAUCCAGAACUGUGUCAAAAUAAAGACAAAGAAAACUUGCGUACUACAUUGUUUUCGGAUAUCAUAGAAAAGGAAUCAACAUGCGAUUAGAAAAAAAAAAUUAUUUUUUUCUAUAAUUGUGAGAAGAGAAAGAAUACGUGUAUAUUUAUCUAAUGCAGAGUAUCAUGUGUUUAAUUUAAAUAUUGUACAUAAUUUUCAUAUCAUAAACACAUUAAUUUCAUUUUUCAUAAUUUUUUAUUGUUCUAUUUGGAUGUUUGUCUGUUGAUUUCUUAUAGUUUUUACGCUUUUAUAUUGAAUGAUUUUGUUUCAGGUUUUGUAAUUGUCUAGAGAUGAAUAUAUCUCUUAUAUUUUACAUUGUAAUAAUUAAUCAAUUAUAAAUAAUGCCAUUACAUAUAUUAUCAAUAUUUUACAGUUCAAUAAUUAAAUGUAAAUAUGAUGACAUGAUAAUGCAGAGACUGACAAUAGUGAAAAAUAGUAUGUGAAGAUAAAUAAGGAAAAAUAAUAGUAUGUGAAAAUAAAAGCAAAAGGUUUUGUUAUCAAUUUA